AUGCGACAAAUCACCAGCCAGAGCCACCUACGCAGCAGCAAGAGAGUGCCGAUCAACGGUACCGGCAGCAGCACCAGCAGUCGCCCGUUGCUGACGCUGGUGUUCCUUGGCGGCGAGCGCGUGCUGAUCGGCUCACUGCUGGCGCUGGAGGAGGUGCUGCUGGGGCUGUUCUACCGCGGCGGCAUCGUGAUCGGCGCGCUGGCGGCGGCGGGCGCGGUGCUGUACGCUCUGUACGCGUUUGCAGUGCCCAGGGGUGGCGGCGGCGGUGGCGGCGGCGGCGGCAGCGGCGGGAUGAGAUGA